UCCUGGGCCGAGCGCACCACCGCCACCGAUGUGCCUGGUGGCCAGACUCCAAGUGGGACCGGCUGACGCGCUGCCUCGCGAAGCUGAUGGAGACGCAAGCUCUGGAACCAGGGACUCAGGAAGCCUUUGGUGCCACCAGCCCUAACAAGGGGGCCCCAUCUAAGACCAAAAAGAACUUCAAAGACUUGAUGUCUAAGGUGACAGAGGGACAGUUUGUGCUAUGCCGGUGGACAGACGGGCUAUACUACCUUGGCAAGAUCAAGCGGGUCAGCAGUCCUAAGCAAAGCUGCCUCGUGACUUUCGAAGACAAUUCCAAAUACUGGGUCCUUUGGAAGGACAUCCAGCAUGCUGGUGUUCCAGGAGAGGAGCCCAAGUGUGAUGUCUGCAUGGGGAAGACUUCAGGACCGAUGAACGAGAUCCUCAUCUGUGGGAAGUGUGGCCUGGGUUACCACCAACAGUGCCACAUCCCCAUAGCAGUCGAUGCCAACUGGCCCCUCCUCACUCACUGGUUCUGCCGACGCUGCAUUUUCGCACUGGCUGUGAGGAAAGGCGGUGCGCUGAAGAAAGGCGCCAUCGCCAAGACGCUGCAGGCAGUGAAAAUGGUGCUGUCCUACCAGCCUGAGGAGCUCGAUUGGGAUUCGCCCCAUCGCACCAACCAGCAGCAAUGCUACUGCUACUGCGGCGGGCCUGGAGAGUGGUACUUACGGAUGCUACAGUGCUACCGAUGUAGGCAGUGGUUCCAUGAAGCCUGUACACAGUGCCUAAGUGAGCCUAUGGUGUUUGGAGACCGGUUCUACCUGUUCUUCUGCUCCGUGUGUAACCAAGGCCCAGAGUAUAUCGAGAGGUUGCCCCUGAGAUGGGUAGACAUAGUUCACCUGGCCCUCUAUAACCUGGGAGUACAGAGCAAGAAGAGGUACUUUGACUUUGAGGAGAUCCUGGCCUUUGUCAACCACCACUGGGAGCUCCUGCAGCUUGGCAAGCUCACAAGCACCCCUGUGACAGAGCGAGGGCCGCAUCUCCUCAACGCUCUCAACAGUUACAAAAGCCGGUUCCUGUGUGGCAAGGAGAUUAAGAAGAAGAAAUGCAUCUUCCGACUGCGAGUCCGUGUCCCGCCCGCCCCUCCAGGAAAACUGCUUCCGGACAGGGCGCAGAUGCCAAGUGACAAAGGGACCUCUGAGCUGCUUCGUAAGAGAGGAAAGAGCAAGCCUGGUUUGUUGCCUCAGGAAUCCCAGCAGCAGAAAAGGCGAGUUUAUAGAAGAAAAAGAUCAAAGUUUUUGCUGGAAGAUGCUAUUCCCAGUAGUGACUUCACCUCAGCCUGGAGCACGGACCACCACCUGGCCAGCAUAUUCGACUUUACACUGGAUGAAAUUCAGAGUUUAAAAAGUGGCAGCUCAGGCCAGACCUUCUUCUCAGACGUGGAUUCUACCGAUGCUGCUAGCACCUCAGGCUCUGCGUCCACCAGCCUCUCCCAGGACUCCAGAUGGACAGUAGGCAGCCGGAAGAGGAAGCUGGCAGCCAAAGCGUACAGGCCCCUGCGGGCAAAGCAUCGGGCAGCCGAGCUGGAUGGGAGAUGCGCCUCAGACAGCAGUGCAGAGGGAGCUCCGGGCCCUGAGCAGCAGGAUGAAGGCAUCGACAGCCACACGUUCGAAAGCAUCAGUGGAGAUGACUCCUCCCUGUCCCACCUCAAGUCCUCUAUCACCAACUACUUCGGUGCAGCUGGGCGGUUGGCCUGCGGGGAAAAGUAUCAGGUGUUGGCUCGGAGGGUCACUCCAGAAGGCAAGGUUCAGUACCUGUUGGAAUGGGAGGGCACUACCCCUUACUGAUUACCCUUCAGAGGCUGCCCAGAUCCCUGCAAACCAAAGGAGGGGCAGAAGAAGCCCCUGGGUCCCUGUUUUCUCCAGGCUUACGGUGGUGGAGGGAAGCAGGACAUCCUGGCCGCAGCCCCUGCCUGCUGUCUGCCAGGCCAAGGUCUGUGUGCUGCUGUACCAGUUGCCCGAGUCUCUGAGGCCCUGCUGGCUCUCUCUCGUCUAUACCACACUCCAUACCCUCAAACUUUCCAUUGGUUCCUCCAACGGUACCCUGGCUGUGACCCCUGAUCUGAGGCCUGAAACUGAUUUUCAUUGUCCCCAGUUCUCCAUCUUCUGACCUCUCCCCUGCUUGGGUGUUUCAUGCGGACACACAUCUUCCAUGCACAUAUGCUCAUCUGUCCCUCACUGGAACCACAGUGAGGGAAGGGAACCCUGUGGGUCUUCCACUUUCUCACCAGUACCCCUCACCCAGGAGAGUAGGGGAUGCCUGAGAAAGUUCAGGAUGCCUGCGACCCAGAGCCUGGGAAGUGAUGGCCUGGGUCUCUACUGAAGGGACGAGAAUCAGGGUCUUUUAUUGAGGCUGGGAAGGGGGGACUAAGGGAGUCAAGGCCAAGGCUCCCAGAAGUUUGCCUGUCCCCAGCAACAGCUCUUCACUGUUGCCGCGGACUGGAGCCUGGCCUUGCUACAUAGACGUGUUCUUGAACACGCAGAUCUGGGAGGAAACGAUGGGGAGGAAAUCCGGGCCCAGAUUCAGUCCCAUCCCAAACACUGUGUAUACAGACAAACACCACCACACAUCCCCACCAGGGUGCCCUGGCCCUGUCCUUGGCCUCUUCCAGGGAUAAAUGCUGCAGUUAAAUGUGAAAACCAAGCUCCGGCCUCCUCUGGCCUGUGAACCAGCCUUGGCCCCACAGAGAAGCACAAAAGAUACCCUAAGACACCCCUCUCCUGCAUAGCUCCUGCCUUGCCCAGAAGCUGACAAUCACUUUGGGGAUGGGCGGCUGGGGGCGGGGGGAGAGGGCAGUUCCCCAGGGUCUGAAUCAUUGGUUCCCUUCAGAAAGGAAGUCUUUGUCAUCGAUGGUAAAAUAGAAUUCUUAGAAUGGACAAACUCAGCCGUGUCUGGAGGGAAACCAAAACUAGGAGGUAGGCAGGGAGUCCUUAUUUUUGCCUACAGAAACAGAAACUGACUCGCUCGGUUGGUCAAUUAGAAAGAAGUGCCUUUGGGGUGGGAGGCAGGGGCACCAGACUGGGACCAGCUUCCCUGAGUGCUGCUGUGGCUUCUGGCUGGGAGUGGGGAAAUGGACCAUCGCAUGGCGACAUCAGACUAUAUCAGAAGUGCUGAUUUCCCCAUGAGUGGGUCUGACCCCUCCACGUCCGCCUGUGAGCAUUAAGGGGGAGGGGGAGUCCCUGAGGUAGGCUAGACGGUCCCUGCCGUACACCUCAGCAACCAUAGUGCCUUGCAAAGGAACCUCACCUCUCACUAGACACAGCUACCCACGUCCAUCUGCUUCCCCGUCUUGGCUCAGGCAAGGCUCAGCAGAUGGACACUGAGACCAGUUCUCAGUCCCACAGCUGCUGCCACUGAGGUCCCCAAGUGGGUCCCAGUGGAAGGAGAGUUGUAGAGCCAACUCCCAGGCCAGCAGGCAUGUGGGAACUGGGGUCAAGUUUGUGGCUUCCUGUUGGCUCUGUGAGCAUGGCAACCUCCAACAUGUGUUUUCCAGGCUACUGGGGAAGCCAGAGAGUUUAGGAUGGCUGUUUGUACAUCUGUCCCUCCUCCCCUGCUGUGCCCCAGAAGCUCUGGGCCUGAGGAGCAGGAAGGCAGGUGGGGUGCUCAUCCCGCUGGGGAAGCUAGCACAAGGCCUGACCAGGUCCUGGACUCCUCACGGCAGCAUUUCACCCCUACAUGACAAUAGCUGCAUUACUGCCAACCGAUGGUACGACCCUGUGCACCUUUGAAGAGAUUCUGGUUUUAAAUUGCUGCUUUUAAUAGUAUUUGUUAUAUUAAAGUUAUAAUUGACGUGUCUGGUUUACAACA